GGGUGCAUUUCAAAACAUCCUACCUCAAUGGUAGAAGUUUCAAAGUUGACUAAUUAUGGCACAAGCUGUGAGGCUACACGGUAACGGAAAAGCAAAAAUCUUGACAGAUUCACUCCUUCACAAAAGAGACAGUCCUUUUAGAUUUAAAGGACUCACAAAAGAUGGAGACUUCACAGAGGUCUCCCGUUCUGUCAUCCUGUCUGAUCUCAACAAUAGUUGUGCUGAAUAUCAUCCUGUGGAUGUUUCUAAUGUCAGCAGUGGGAUUAGGGGCUAUGCACCUACAUGACUGCCCCUUACAGCCUUAUAUCCCCAUCUACCUGCUGGUGAUCGGGCUGACGUCCAUCGCCUCCCUGCUCCUAGCCUACCUCAAUAACACACUGGAGACUGGCUUCCUGAGCCUACUGUGUUCCUCCUGCAUCUUCCUCCUCCAACUCUUCAACCUCGGCUGGUUCAUCACAGGGAGUGAGUGGGUGUACUCCAUAUAUCCCCCGAACUAUGACACGAACGGUGGAGAGAAGUACUGUCAGAGGAAGAUAUACCUGUUUGCUUUCUGGUUCAACAGCCUGGGCAGCAUCUGUAUGGCUGUGGUGUUCUUCUGUGGAGUGUUCUUCAUCUUCCUUACCUGUGUGAAAAUGGCAUUUAGGGGACACCAUCUACUCCAUUCACAUAAGAGAUCGUAUGGUGUGGACGCUUGAGAACUCCGUGGCACAGAAACCUCACUGACAUGGUUUUGCUGUUCUUUCUUUCUGUCUGUCUGUCUGUGUGUCUGUGUGUCUGUGGUGCCUGGAGAAGUGGGUAUACAAUAAUGUUCCCAAAUGUUCUGCCCAGUGAAGGAAAGUCGCACUGUGUGAAAAAUUGUUUUCCCAUAGUUUUUCCAGGUAUUCACUCUCAAUUGCAAUUCUUCUUUUUUUACCAUAUCAUGAGACAAUUUUUGGGGUCUGGAAAAAAAUCUAAAAUUCUAUAUUUGGGGAAGUGUAGUUGCCAUUUAAUUCAGUUUCACACCAAGCAAGAUACCUUUUGGCUAGCGGGGUUUCUGUAGCCUAGUGUACAACGUACAGUUGAAAUCAGAAGUUUACAUACACUUAGGUUGGAGUCAUUAAAACCUCAUUUUUCAACCACUCCACAAAUUUCUUGUUCACAAACUAUAGUUUUGGCAAGUCGGUUCAGACAUCUACUUUGUGCAUGACACAAGUCAUUUUUCCAACAAUUGUUUACAGACAGAUUAUUUCACUUAUAAUUCACUGUAUCACAAUUCUAGUGGGUCAGACGUUAACAUACACUAAGUUGACUGUGCUUUUAAACAGCUUGGAAAAUUCCAUAUAAUUAUGUCAUGGCUUUAGAAGCUUCCUUUUAUACUUCGCAGAAGUUAUAAUAACAAUGAUCCAGGGUUUUACCAGCCCUGGUUGCACAAUCGAUAUGCUGAUAGAAUUUAGGGAGUCUUGUUUUCAGAUUAGCCUUGUUAAAAUCCCCAGCUACAAUGAAUGCAGCCUCAGGAUAUGUGGUUUCCAGUUUACAUAGAGUCAAAUGAAUUUCGUUCAGGGCCAUCGAUGUGUCUGCUUGGGGGGGAAUAUAUGCGGUUGUGAUUAUAAACGAAGAGAAUUCUCUUGGUAGAUAAUGCGGUCAACAUUUGAUUGUGAGGAAUUCUAAGUCAGGUGAACAGAAGGACUUGAGUUCCUGUAUGUUGUUAUGAUCACACCACGUCUCGUUAAUCAUAAGGCAUACCCCCCCCCCCCCGCCCUUCUUCUUCCCAAAAAGAUGCUUGUUUUUGUCGGCGUGAUGCGUGAAGAAACCAGCUGGCUGUACCGACUCCGAUAGCGUGUCUCGAGUGAGCCAUGUUUCCGUGAAGCAAAGAACGUUACAGUCUCUUAUGUCUCUCUGGAUUGCUACCCUUGCUCGGAUUUAAUCUACCUUGUUGUCAAGAGACUGGACAUUGGCGAGUAGUAUGCUCGGGAGCGGUGCGCGAUAUGCCCGUCUCCGGAGCCUCACCAGAAGACCGCUUCGUCUGUAUCUAUAUCCACAGUAAAACUAGUCCUAUAUCGACAUAACCUGAAAGGCCACUCAGCAAGGAAGAUGCCACUGCUCCAAAAUCGCCAUAAAAAAGCCAUACUACGGUUUGCAACUGCACAUAGGGACAAAGACCGUACUUUUUGGAGAAAUGUCCUCUGGUCUGAUGAAACAAAAAUAGAACCGUUUGGAGGAAAAAGGGGGAUGCUUGCAAGACGAAGAACACCAUCCCAACCGUGAAGCACGGGGGUGGCAACAUCAUGUUGUGGGGGUGCUUUGCUGCAGGGGGGACUGGUGCACUUCACAAAAUAGAUGGCAUCAUGAUGAUGGAAAAUUAUGUGGAUAUAUUGAAGCAACAUCUCAAGAUAUCAGUCAGGAAGUUAAAGCUUGGUCGCAAAUGGGUCUUCCAAAUGGACAAUGACCCCAAGCAAACUUCCAAAGUUGUGGCAAAAUGACUUGAGGACAACAAAAUCAAGGUAUUGGAGUGGCCAUCACAAAGUUCUGACCUCAAUCCUAUAGAAAAUCUGUGGGCUGAACUGAAAAGGUGUGUGCAAGCAAGGAGGCCUACAAACCUGACUCAGUUACACCAGCUCUGUCAGGAGGAAUGGGCCAAAAUUCAUCCAACUUAUUGUGGGAAGCUUGUGGACGGUUACCCGGAACGUUUGACCCAAGUUAAACAAUUUAAAGGCAAUGCUACCAAAUACUAAUUGAGUAUAUGUUAACUUCUGACCCACUGUGAAUGUGAUGAAAGAAAUAAAAGCUGAAAUAAAUCAUUCUCUCUACUAGUAUUCUGACAUUUCACAUUCUUACAAUAAAGUGGUGAUCCUAACUGACCUAAAACAGGAUUUUUUACUUGGAUUAAAUGUCAGGAAUUGUGAAAAACUGAGUUCAAAUGUAUUUGGCUAGGGUGUAUGUAAACUUCUGACUUCAACUGUAGACCUACAGUGUAAAUGUGAUGGCAGAGUUCGCUAAAAAAAAGAAUGCCCUCCCGAUUUAUAAAAAUCAUAAUGAUAUCA